AUGCACUCGACUUUUCUCGAGCAGAUCUUUCUGCCGCUCCAAGGCGUCUUCACGGCGUCGCCGCACGGGCGCCCCAUUUACAAUACCGUUGCAGCGACAUCGAACAGCUCCCGGGCAAAUCGAAAAAGAAUCGAGGGCAUCACGCAAGACCGGCUCCAGAUGCCCAGGAUGGUAGCCUCCAAUUUUGAGGCCUAUGACGAGAACGCUGCCCUGUUCUGGGAUCAGCCGGCUGAGAGCUUGCCGGCGUACUGA